UGCAACUUCCGUAACUUCCGGUGGCCAAUGUUUACAGUUUUGAUGAUAAAGAACAAGCACGAUAACACCUAUUUUAACACGUGAAGUCUAAUCAGAAAACCUUGACCUAGUCAAUGGCAACUCCAGAGGAGAGCAUGCGAUCUUUAGAGGCGAAGGUGGUUGUUUUAGGCUCGCAAGGUGUGGGAAAGACAAGUGUUGUGAUCCGCUAUGUCGGGGGAAUGUUCAGCAAGGCUGUCAGUCCCACAAUCGGUGCUUCCUUCUUCACAUACAAGAUGACGGUGGACAACUACCGAGUUAAACUGCAAGUGUGGGAUACAGCAGGGCAAGAGAGAUUUAGGUCAAUGGCCCCGAUGUACUACCGGAAGGCCAAUGCUGCCAUGUUGGUUUACGACAUCACCUCCUCCGACAGUUUCUAUGACAUCAAGGACUGGGUCAAAGAACUGAAGAAAAAUGUAGACACACCUAUAGUGAUGUGUCUGAUUGGAAACAAGGCCGACCUUGACAGUGGCAGGAAGGUCAGCGUGGCGGAUGCCCAGGAGUAUGCCGACUCCAUUGAUGCCCUCUUCGCUGAAACAUCGGCUCUAAAAAACAUUGGUAUCGAAGAGGCGUUCCUCCAGGUGGCGAAGCAGCUGAUCCGGGUGUACGAGACUUACCCCAACUCCGGACUCGGCAACGCUGAGCCUGCUCCAAACCCAGACCUCUUCAGCACCGAUGCCGUAAAACUCACAGAGAAACCAGCGCCAAAACAUCAAGAGAACGAUGGCUGCAGUUGCUGACACAAGCCUUAAAGGUCUUGCUCCAUAUCGCUUGCAUCUUCAAGGGAGGGUCCACGAGGAUGAUGAACACUUCCAGCGAACAAGAGGCAAUGGUUCCAGUUACAGGAUCAUGGCAUGGCGUUGUCACUCCUUGUACUCCUGGGUUUAAUGAUUAGUGACGUUAAAUCUUUACUUAAAUAUACUACUCAAAAGAAGUUAAGGAUCACCAGAUUAUUUCAUAUUGGUAAUGUUAAUCUGUCAUGGCAUGAGAGAUUAACUUUUGUAAUAUGAAAGAAUCAGGUGAUCCUUAACUUCUUUUGAGUAGUAUAUCAAUUUAGUGUUCAUGAUAUGCAGUGGCAGAUCCAGGGUUGUUAGACACGGGUCAUUCUUAUUCAGGGAGGGGGUCAGAGGGAAUUGGGAGGGUCAGCAAAAAAUAUGAGUUUCAAGAUGAGUGAGUGAGUGAGUGAGUUGGGUUUUACGCCGCUUUUAACAGUAUUCCAGUUAUAUCACUACGUGUCAGCUUAAUGUGGGAGGAAAGCUUGAAGUGAUGCAGCGCUCAGACGUUUACCACUUCGGUGAAACCCACGAGCACGGGUAUGGGGCUGACAAACUUCAAGAUGAGCAUCCUAAAAAAUAAUGUAUACAUGUUAUUGGAUGAGGUUCAUGAAAAAAUGGACAUUUUUAUAUUAAAAAAGAAAAUACUUUUUGCAUUUUGUCUUUUCAGGGUGGGUCAUCCAAAACCAUAACACGUUAUUUUUUUCAGUACAUUAGUGCAUCAAAAACGUCAGGCCACACCACACCUGUAAUAAAUGGCCUGCUAAUAGGGUAUAAACUUAAAAAAACUUAAAAAAACUAUUAUUAUGAUUCUUCAUUACAAUCCACAUGCCUCUUUAACUUGGCUGAAAUGUGCUAUGUCUUCAUUGUGCAUGGAGGGCGGUCGGGUAGCCUAGUGGUUAAAGCGUUUGUUCGUCACGCUGAAGACCCAGGUUCGAUUCAGGACAUGGGUACAAUGUGUGAAGCCCAUUUCUGGUGACCCCCACCGUGAUAUUGCUGGAAUAUUGCUAAAAGCGGCGUAAAACCAUACUCACUCACUCAUUGUGCAUGGUCAUAGGGAGUUAUCCUUAUCUUAGUAAUCAUUAGGGGAGCAGUCAUUGUGCAGUGUGUGGAUCUGUCACUGGUGUUUAUAUGUGUGUCAUGCCAUUCUACAAGGUGUUAAACCAACCAGGGAUACAUUUAUCUGUAUUCCCUCUGACCAGCUUGUACAUGUCUGCUAACUUUUCUCAAGGACGUUGAGUGUCCUUUAAAAGCAUCCUUUUAAGCGUGGUUCUUUAAGAGCAUCCCUUUAAAAGUGUCCUUUUAAAAAUAACCCUUUAAGAGCGUCCUUUAAGAUUGUCCCUUUAUAAAAGCUUCCUUUCAGAUCAUCGUUUUAAAAGCAACCAUUUAAAGGCGUCCUUUAUGAUCGUCCCUUUAAGAUCAUCACCUUACGAUUGUCGCUUUAAAAGCAACCAUUUAAGAGUGUCCUUUAAGCUUGUCCCUUUAAAAGCUUCCUGCAAGAGUGUCCCUUUAAGAGUGUCCUUAAAUCCUCCUUUGGUACAAAUCACAUGUAUAAGAUACCAUUGGAUAUGUUAUCAACUGCAUUUCAAUAGAGAGUAAGAUAGUAAGAUAUGUAACGUUUAUUUAUUAUAAUAUUUUUUUCAAGUUUUUUAGAGGAAUCUAGCCAACAUUUGGUAAGAAACUAUUCAAAUAUUUUAUAUUUUUGAUAUAGCGGUUAUUUCAAAAGUUUCUUCAGAUAUUUACAUUAAGUUACCCUGUAUAUUGGUAUAGUAAAAUAAACCAAAAUAACUUUAUGUACUGCUGUGAUAGAAACUGAAUAACUUGGUAACCGAGAGUGAUAAUUCAUGAAAUUUGGCGAGCUAAACUUUUACAGAACUAUCGCCUAUUCUCUGUAGCUUGUCAGAACAAGUAUCCAGGUUAGGUAGGAGUAAGAUGGGUACCCGGUAGAACAACAGAACCUGCGCGAUCUAUUCCGAAGAUAGCUAGAUUCCAUCUUUCACUCCACUUGACACUGAUGUAAUAUUUACAAGAGGGAAAGAGAGCACAUCACUGGCACCUGACCGAUGGCAAGUCAACAGCCAUUAAACUAUGAUCACCUCUCACCUCUAUAAACUCACCUCUUUGGUAACUGUACAGGAGCAUUGCUCACGAACCCGUUCUGUUUGGAAAGUAAGAUAAAAUAAAGCUUUUAUAAUAACUGUGUGAUUGGCAUUCUAGAAUUUAGUGAGUAAAUAAGAAAGCGUACAGCUUUAUAGAUGGCAGAUUUCUGGUUAAUUGCAUAUAGUGAUGUUCCUGUGUGGAUUAUUUACAGUUAUCGGGCGGUCGGGUAGCCUAGUGGUUAAAGCGUUCGCUCGUCACGCCGAGGACCCAGGUUCGAUUCCUGACAUGGGCACAAUGUGUGAAGCCCAUUUCUGGUGUCCCCCGCCGUGAUAUUGCUGAAUAUUGCUAAAAGCGGCGUAAAACCAUACUCACUCACUCACUCACUCACUCUUUACCGUUAUCAAGCUGGAGUGACAACAACCAACUGAUAAGAGGUAUAUAUGCAUGAUAGUUUGUGAUAAGCAGAUUAACAGUAAGAAUCUACAUCAAAACGUUGCUGUAUGCAUUAACCGGAAGUUGCUAUCCAUUAGGGGUGUGACGUUAAAUCGAAAUAUUGCUAUAUUGCUAUUGGUAAGCACUUAAAUUCCAUAAAUCGAUUGUUAAAUCAGUGUCCGAUCAAUAGUGUCAAUUUCAGUUAGGAAUAUCAAUAGUUUUGAUUGUAUUUACCAUAUCAUGCAAUAGUGUCACCGAAACACGCUCGCGAAUGCAGUGGAGUGAGGAUUAGAGUUAACUGCCCUUGAUGCUUAGCAACCGGUCUUGGGGGAGGUUGACAGUCAAGUAAUUUACACAUGGUAAUUUGGAAGUUUCUUUUUCUUAAAUUAUCAGGGUAAAGAAAAACCAAAUCAGUCAUAUGUCAAACUUUACUUUGUAUUUGUUGUUAUUGUUAUCACAUUCAAAGGAAACUUCAGUUCCAAGGUUUAAUUCAAAUCUAAAAUCCAUCUAAAAUGAUACACUGAAAACUAUCGAUAUUUAUCGCAAUAGUUU